CUCGCUGGUUUCCAGCGCGUGGGGGAAGUGGGCGGUGUAUAUAAGUCGCACAGAAACCUUACACUGGCAUCAGUCAUUGCUUGCUCCACCUGUACCAUCUUCAGCAGCAGCAAUGAGGAUCCUGGUGUGCGUGUUACUGUUUGGACUGGCUCUGGCAGAGGAGAAGCAGGUGGAGAAACGGGGAGUGGUUGGCUCCCUGGGUAGCUAUGGCGGAGGUGGCUAUAUCGACCACGGAAUCGGAGCCAGCAGCUACAGCAGUGGCGGCAGCAGCGGUGGUUAUGGGGGCGGCUAUGGGGGCGGCUUUGGUGGUGGUUAUGGAGGCGGCUAUGGAGGUGGAAUCAGCUCUGCAGUUGGAGGAGGUCAAGUCACCAACAUCGCCAUCACCAAGCAGGUGCCCAUCCCGUACCCAGUACCAGUGCAGCGUACUGUCCCAGUACCAGUCAGGGUUCCUGUCACGGUGCCAGUCAACAGGCCGGUACCAGUGCCCGUCCCACAGCCGUACCCUGUCCCCGUGCAGAGGCCAGUCCCAGUACCCGUGAAUGUCCCUAGCCCAGUCCCCGUACCAGUACCACAGCCUGUCGUCGUCAACCAACCGGUACCUGUUGUCGUGGGAGGCGGAGCUGGUGUCGGCGGAGGUCUCGGAGGCGGCUACGGCGGCGGCAUUGGUGGAGGCUACGGUGGAGGCUACGGAGGAGCCAUCGGCGGUGGUUACAGCGGUGGCUACAGCGGUAGCUAUGGUGGUGGCUACGGAGGUGGCUACUCUGGGGGCAUUGCUGGAGGCUAUGGAGGCUACGGAAAAUACAGCCACUAACAUCAGCAGCUGAACCCAACACCUUAGACGAAACAUGCCACCAGAGAUUCAUUGUAUAUGUAUUACAAUGUUUUGUAACAACAGCAGAAAUAAAACGCAUUUCCGAGAUA